AUGCCGAAGCUGACUCCAACAUCUAUGAUCCGAGAUGAUGCAAGUAUAGCGGUAGCGGUAGCGGUGGCGGUGGUGUGGAGUAAAAAGGAGUUAUCGAAGUGGAACUUAAAUGGACUGUUGUGUGGUAAUGAUGGUGGUGAGCGCUGUUGUGGAAGUGAUGACAACGUGAUGGUUAGCGUUGCUCGGGAGCCAUUGUUCUUGACCUCCACCGCCAUUUUAGAGCUGAAAAAUCAAGACCCAGAAAGAAAAAACUUGCUUUCUUUCAAGAACUCUCUUGAAAACCCACUUCUUCUCUCUUCAUGGAACUCUGCGACCCCUCAUUGUCGCUGGGAGGGUGUGUUCUGCCAAGAUGGUCGAGUCAGCUCACUCGUUCUGUCAACUCAGUCUCUCAAGGGACCUCUCUCUCCUUGUCUUUUCUCUCUGUCCAACCUCGUUUUCCUCGACCUGUCCUCAAACCUUCUCUAUGGGGGAAUCUCGCCGGAAAUAGCUUCCCUUCAGAAGCUAAAGGUUUUGGACUUGGGUGAUAACCAGAUGUCCGGUGAGUUACCUAGUGAACUGGGUAUGUUGACUGAGUUGCAGACUCUGAAACUCGGACCCAACUUUUUUACCGGGAAAAUCCCGCCGGAACUCGGAAGUCUGACAAAAAUCCACUCUCUGGACCUCUCCGGCAAUGCACUCACUGGAAACGUUCCUAUCCAGAUUGGAAAUCUGACAGGCCUCACUUUUUUAGGCCUCGGCAACAACUUUCUCUCAGGAUAUCUCUCUCCAACUCUCUUCACAAAGCUUCAGUCUUUAACCUCUUUAGACGUCUCAAACAACUCUUUUUCCGGCUAUAUUCCACCGGAAAUAAAAAACUUAAAGAACCUCAUUGACCUUUACAUCGGAAUCAACCACUUUUCCGGUGAAUUACCGCCGGAAAUUGGUGACCUUUCGAGUCUCCAGAACUUAUUUGCGCCUUCUUGCGCUAUCAGAGGCCCAUUGCCGGAAACGAUAUCAAAUCUAAAAUCGCUGAGCAAACUUGAUCUUUCUUACAACCCAUUGAAGUGUUCAAUCCCAAAAUCCAUCGGAAAGCUUCAAAAUUUAACCAUCUUGAAUCUUGUUUACUCUGAGCUCAAUGGUUCCAUACCAGCCGAGUUGGGCUUCUGUAGAAACUUAAGGACAUUAGUCCUUUCCUUCAAUUUGCUUUCUGGGUCUUUACCUGAAGAGCUUGCGGAGUUGCCAAUGUUCGCAUUUUCUGCGGAAAUGAACCAGCUUUCGGGUCCAUUGCCUUCUUGGCUUGGCAAAUGGGACCAAAUUGAUUCACUUUUGCUUUCAAGCAAUAAGUUUUCAGGGAAAAUUCCACCGGAGAUUGGAAAUUGUUCGCUGCUCAACCACAUUAGUCUCAGCAACAACUUGUUGACUGGCCCAAUACCCAAAGAGCUGUGUAAUGAUGUGGCGCUUACAGAGAUUGAUCUGGAUAGUAACUUUCUUUCUGGUACCAUUGAAGACACAUUUGUCAAAUGUAGGAACUUGACCCAGUUGGUUUUGGUGGAUAAUCAGAUAGUCGGGUCUAUACCUGAGUACCUUUCAGAGCUUCCUUUGAUGGUGCUUGACUUGGAUUCCAACAAUUUCACGGGUUCUAUUCCUGUGGGUUUGUGGGAUUCAGUGAAUUUGAUGGAGUUCUCAGCUGCCAAUAAUCACUUAGAUGGCACUCUCUCUGUGGAAAUUGGUAAUGCUGUUUUGUUGGAAAGGCUUGUUCUUAGUAACAAUCACUUGAAGGGGACAAUACCAAGUGAGAUUGGCAAUCUCACUUCCCUUUCUGUUCUCAAUCUGAAUUCCAAUCUCCUUGAAGGGACCAUUCCGUCUGAGCUUGGGAACUGCGUUGCUCUUACGACAUUGGACCUAGGGAACAACAGUCUCGACGGGUCAAUUCCAGAGAGGCUAACUGAUUUGGCUCUCUUACAAUGCUUGGUUCUCUCUUACAAUAACCUAUCUGGGUUGAUUCCUUCAAAGCGGUCUUUGUACUUUCGUCAAGUUGGUAUCCCUGAUUCCAGUUUUGUUCAGCACCAUGGGGUAUAUGAUCUUUCACACAAUGGGUUGUCUGGUUCUAUACCCGAAGAGCUAGGGGGCCUUGUGGUGGUGGUGGAUCUUUUACUCAGCAACAACUUGCUCUCUGGAGAGAUUCCAAGAUCACUAACUCGCUUGACAAAUCUCACCACGUUAGACUUAUCUGGUAAUCUUCUUACAGGUGGUAUUCCAAUGGAAUUUGGUGACUCGGUUAGGCUACAAGGGUUUUAUAUGGGGAAUAACCAGCUCACAGGCACCAUACCUGAAAGCUUAGGCCAAUUGAGUGGUUUAGUGAAGCUGAAUUUGACUAGAAAUAAGCUAUCUGGUUCUGUCCCUUCUACUUUUGGGAAUUUGAAUGAGCUUACCCACCUAGAUUUGAGCUCGAACAACCUUAAUGGCGAGCUUCCUCCCUCUCUUUCGAGGAUGGUGAACCUUGUGGGUCUUUACGUUCAGGACAACAGGCUUUCUGGUCAUAUAUAUGAGCUCUUUUCAAACUCCAUGGCAUGGAGAAUCGAAAUUGUGAAUUUCAGCAAUAAUUUGUUUAGCGGGAAUUUGCCACAAUCUUUGAGCAAUCUGUCAUACUUGACGUAUUUGGAUCUUCAUGGUAAUAAUUUCAAUGGAGAAAUUCCCUCUGAGUUUGCAAAUCUUAUGCAACUUGAAUAUUUAGAUGUUUCAGGGAACAGGCUCUCUGGGCAGAUUCCUGAGAAACUAUGCGGGCUUGUCAACAUGUUUUCUUUGAAUUUGGCAGGAAAUAGAUUGGAAGGGCCUAUUCCCAAAAAUGGAAUUUGCCGUAACCUUUCAAAAAUUUCUCUUUCUGGGAAUGAAGAUCUCUGUGGGGCUCUUUUGGGUUCUAGAUGCCCGGUAAAGAGCUUCGACAGAAGAUCCCCACUGUUAAAUGUCUGGGGACUGAUAUCAGUUGUGGUUGGAACUAUUUUGAUUACUUCAUCAAUAGCUAUUGUGUUACGCAUGUGGCUUAUUAGUAGCAAAAGGCCAUGUGAUCCCAAAGAUACUGAAGUCAGCAAACAAAACAGUUCUGUUGAUCAAAAUCUGUAUCUUUUGAGUAGCAGCAGAUCAAAGGAGCCUCUGAGUAUCAAUGUGGCUAUGUUUGAGCAGCCUCUCCUGAAACUUACAUUGGUUGAUAUUCUCGAAGCAACAAACAACUUUUGCAAGACCAACAUUAUUGGGGAUGGAGGGUUUGGGACUGUUUACAAGGCUACUUUGCCUGAUGGGAAAACAGUUGCUGUUAAGAAGCUGAAUCAAGCUAAAACACAGGGUCACCGAGAAUUUCUAGCUGAAAUGGAAACUUUAGGUAAAGUAAAACAUCGAAAUCUUGUUUCAUUGCUCGGGUACUGCUCUUUUGGUGAGGAAAAGCUGCUUGUUUAUGAGUAUAUGGUUAAUGGGAGCUUGGAUCUUUGGCUGAGAAACCGAAGUGGGACUCUUGAAGUUUUGGACUGGAGCAAACGCUUCCAAAUUGCUGUAGGUGCUGCCCGUGGGCUAGCUUUUCUUCAUCAUGGUUUCAUUCCUCACAUCAUUCACAGGGAUAUUAAGGCCAGCAACAUCUUACUCAAUGCAGACUUUGAACCAAAAGUUGCAGACUUCGGCUUGGCAAGAUUGAUUAGUGCUUGUGAGACUCAUGUGAGUACAGAUAUUGCUGGUACAUUUGGGUACAUUCCACCUGAAUAUGGGCAGAGCUGGAAGUCGACCACAAGGGGAGAUGUUUAUAGUUUUGGUGUCAUUCUACUUGAAUUGGUGACUGGAAAAGAGCCAACGGGACCUGAUUUUAAAGAUAUUGAAGGCGGGAACUUGGUUGGCUGGGUUUUUCAAAAGAUCAAGAAGGGCCAGGCUGUAGAUGUACUUGAUCCAACGGUACUCAAUGCAGAUUCAAAGCAGAUGAUGCUGCAAACUUUGCAAAUUGCUGCCAUAUGCCUGUCUGAUAAUCCAGCAAACCGCCCUACCAUGCUUCAUGUUAUGAAAUUCUUAAAAGGGAUCAAAAACAUAGAGUGA